AUGAAGUUCUUUGUAUUUCUUAUAAGUGUUGUGGCUUUAGCGACAUGUGUUCCUGUGUCACAAGACGAUACAGUGAUGAAAUUGGUGAUCGGAAAUUUUGUGAAUUGCAUGAACAGUGAUUUGAAUAUGUGUUUGAAGGAGCAGGCACUAAAAGCGACUGAAAGACUGGGCACAGUAAGAAAGCUGAAUAUUUUUGAAGGUGUCACCAUCUACAAUAACGGACCUAAAGAAGCCCGAAGCCUUGAACCUCUAUCCACAGAGCCUGAACAAAGAAGCAGACAAAUCAAUGAGCGGCUUUGGGAGAGCACUACCGAUCUCCUGCAAAGAAGCGACUUGGAACUAAGUUUCAAUGGUUCUGGAGAUGACGAAGAAGAGUCGAGGUCUAUUGAUGAAGAAGGUCGAGGCAAGAAGAAGAAGCAGCUGAAGAAGAAGCUCAAGAUACUUAUUCCCCUUGCUAUCUUAGCCAAGAUUAAAGCCGUCGCGCUCGUGGUUCUGGCUCUCUUAGUAAUUGCGGCUUCGGUGUUCAAACUUGCACUGCUUGCCAAGAUCGCGUUUAUUGCCAAGGUUAUCGCCAUUGUCAAAGCUCUCAUUGCCAAGAAACACGCCCAGGAAGAGCACACAUGGGUGACUGCUCAUGAAGAACAUCCUCAUGGAGGAUGGGAAUCAAACGGUUGGUCCCGCUCCAAGAACGACGGUAACAGUUUAGCAUAUUCCGCAUAUAGCCGAUAA